CAUUUAUUUCUGAAAGUACUCUUUAAGGCACAACAUAAAUUAAAAAAAUAAAAGAGGGCCGGAUGUAUGAGAGGAGGGGGACAGAUGAUUCAUGUGAGUUAGGAAGGAAAAAUGUGAAAUUCACAUUUCACACUGUGAAUGCAGUUUCUACAAUCCAGUUUCAGAUCUGGCUGGAGACUGCUCCCAGACUCUGUUAGGAAGCAGGGAGUGGAGAGAGCCUGGCGUGCCCGGAGAGGGAGAUCUCAGUCUCCCGGCGGGACUUGGCACACGGGGGAAGAAAAGGACAUAUGUUUCAAUGCAACAUUGUGUUGCUUUCCAGACAGCUGAUGUGCAAGUCCCAUCCUGUCAAAUCGAGAUCCAGCCCGCCCCCUCCUCCUCCUCCUUCCCAGGCGCUUGGCUGUUUUUCCCAGCCCCGGGUGACUGAAGCCCCGUCCUUCCUGCUGCGGGCUCUCUCCCCCACGCAUCCCAGGAGCGGGCAGGCGCCCCCCGGCCAGCGGGAGGCUCGGGGGCGGGCUGCUGCCUCCCCGGCGGGAGGGAAACCUGCUCAGCUGACUGCCUGGCUGCUUGGAAGAGGGAUCGCGGGGCCAAGCUGUUUUUCUUUUCCGGUCGCCUGGAUCCGCUGUCCCCGCCUCCUCGCGCGCUGUGUCUCCUCUCCCCAAACCCCCCGUCUGGAGGCUGGAUGGUACGCUCCGCACGUGAGCUGGGUGCUGGUCUGGCUGGCGACGCGCGUGCCCUGUGGCCAAACACUGAGCAGCGAGUGCAAAGUACCAGCCCGGAGUGCGGCUGGGAGCGGGAGGGAGGAGGGCACCGCACCGCUUCCCGCUUUCCCCGCAGCGCAGGAGGGACGGAGCCUGCAUGUGCACGGUUUGGCCCCGCAGCCUCGCAGCACCCCGCGGCAGCGCCAGCCCUAACCCAGCCGCGGUCCGACAUGGAUGAAGGACUGGUGCGCCUGCAAGAGAGGCAGUUGCUGGAGCACAGGGAUUUUCUAGGGCUGGACUACCCAUCUCUCUAUAUGUGCAAGCCCAAAAGAGGCAUGAAGAGGGAUGAGAGCAAGGAAACGUACAAACUGCCCCACAGGUUGAUAGAGAAGAAGAGGCGGGACAGAAUUAACGAGUGCAUUGCUCAGCUGAAAGAUUUAUUGCCCGAGCAUCUGAAAUUGACUACUCUGGGGCACCUGGAGAAAGCCGUCGUGUUGGAAUUAACUUUGAAACACUUGAAAGCUUUAACGGCCUUGACGGAGCAGCAGCACCAGAAGAUCCUCGCCUUGCAGACCGGGGAGCGGCCGCCCAAGUCCCCGGCGCAGGCCGACCUGGACGCGUUCCACUCGGGCUUCCAGACGUGCGCCAAGGAGGUGCUGCACUACCUGUCGCGCUUCGAGAGCUGGGCGGCGCGGGAGCAGCGCUGCGCCCAGCUGCUCAGCCACCUGCACGCCGUGUCCACGCAGUUCCUGCUCGGCCCUGCGCCGCCGCCCGCCGGAUGA